AUGUCUGAUUAUUAUUUUUAUAAACAAGAAGAAAAACAAAAAUCACACAGAAAACCGACGAAUUUUUUAUCAGACUCAGAAGAUACCAACUCUCAUCCCCAAUUGAGAAAUGCAUAACGGUUUUUUCGUAAACCUAAAAUAAUAUAAGAACUGAUCAAACUGCCUCAGCCUUAAGUCUAAUAUAUCACUCCUUAUGUCCCUGAACCCAUUCCCAUACCUGAAGCUAUUAAACAAAUCGACAAGAAAAUACAGGCAUAUCGAAGAGUAAUGGAGAUCACAAAAAAACAAAAGGAAUUAUAGGAACAAUAACGAAAUGUGGAAAAUGGAUUUAUUUAAAAGUAGUCUGUUGAUUUCCUAACCAAUCCUAAUAUACAAUUAUAAAAUUAAUAAGAUGAUGAAAAUGAGGAAAAAUAAACUCAAAAUUAAAACAAUCAACAAGAUAUUGAUAAAAACACUUUGCAAUUGGAAAAUCAAGGUAAACCAAGAUAGUAAUAUUACUCCGAAUCAGUUAAAAAUCGUGAUUAUAUUUAUGAUAAUAUGAUAGAAAGACUUUAUGCAAAAAAAUAAAAUCCAGCUUUGUUUGCAAAAUUGCAAAAGAAAGCUCCUGCUUUGAAUAUUACAUCAAAGAAUAAAAUAUAAUCAGGGAGCGGGAGGAUGGAUAUGGAAGAACAUAAAUUAAGAGUGUAUAACAGAGAGAAUGUACCAACAAUUCCUGAAUUGAUAAUCCCAACUUUUAUGAUAAAAAAAGAUUCUAUGGCAAAAAAUAUAUUGGCAUAUCUAAAAGAUUAUUCUCCAAUAUAUAGACAACAGAAUCAUAAUGAAUAUCCCAAAUGUGUAUAAAACAUUUUGGAGGAUGAGAAUGAUGUUAUUAAUAACCAUGAUAAAAAGUGA